CUUCGUAUAACAUCAUGCCAAUUCUAGCCUAUUAGGACAAAGUCAAUAAUAAUUAAUAGCUGUUGAUGAAGCCUGUCAUACUAGAAUUGAUUUUUUAGUAAGCUGGAUAACAAAAUUGACAUAAAUUUAGGGCUUUUUUUUUUUAAAAGAGUAAGUGUUAAGACGAUUUUCAUAGCCUUCUAUGUUCCUCAUGCAACCAAUAGGUGUGGUCAGCAGAUGAUUUAGUUCUUACCAUAAAGAAUGUGGUAGCUGAUUGGAAAAAAAAAUUGCAGUGCUUCUGUCUUAAUGAGAGAACUUGAGUUGUCUAAGGAAAUAAGAGGUCACAGAUGGCCUAGUGGGGAAAAACACAAUGAGUCUAGUUCCAGCUGACAAAAAUUUACUCUAAUGAUUUGACCAGCUGAGGACUGGGCAAGUUCCCGAGUUCACAGACCCAGAUGUUCUAAUUUGUAAAUGCAAACCGACUUCUUUAUCAGCCUUCUGGGGAAAUCUUCAGAACUGUGAACCUGCUGCCUUCAGUAAUCUUUCUAUCUAGAGCUCCAGGCUGCUCCUCAGAUGAAAUUUCAGAAACCCUUCACUGUAGCUUCCUGGGUAAGGGCUUCAGAGGAGGCCCAGGUAGCCGCUGUGGGGGAAUGAAGUUUAUCUGCCCUCAGUGAUCAGCACUUGAUUUAAGACAAUCAGUGGGGUGCCUCAUCUUUUCUAGGUUGCUGUUGAUUGCAGCUGGCUCAGGCAGAGUUGUUUGGGAAAUACGAGUUUUGCCUAGCGUGAGUCAGCACUGCCCGGGUAAACUGCCUGCUCUGUUGCAAUCUUGCUUACCAAAGAAACGUCCCCAGGCGGCACCAUUCACUUAGCCUGAAAGCUGCUGCUCUUGGUUCCUGAGAUGAUCUCAUCUGAACACGGCUCCAACGACUUCAGCUACAGGAACUCGAGGCAGCUUGCUGUCUGCCUGGGCAAUGUUUUGAAACAGGCAAAAUCAGAUUUUAUCAUGUGGGCAACCUGCUGCAACUGGUUCUGCCUGGAUGGACAGCCUGACGAGGGCCCACCACCCCAGGGAGCCAGGACGCAGGCCUACUCCAACCCUGGGUACAGCUCCUUCCCUUCCCCAACAGGCUCCGAACCAAGCUGCAAGGGCUGUGGGGCCCAUUUCGCAAACACGGCCAGGAAGCAGAUCUGCCUGGACUGUAAGAAGAAUUUCUGCAUGACCUGUUCAAGCCAAGAGGGGAAUGGGCCCCGCCUCUGCCUUCUCUGCCAACGGUUCCGAGCCACAGCCUUUCAGCGGGAGGAGCUCAUGAAGAUGAAGGUGAAGGACCUGAGGGACUAUCUCAGCCUCCAUGACAUCUCUACCGAAACGUGCCGGGAGAAAGAAGAGCUGGUGUUCUUGGUGCUUGGCCAGCAGCCUAUAAUCUCCCAAGAGGACAGGACUCGUGCCCCUACCUUGUCCCCGGACUUCCCCGAGCAGCAGGCCUUCCUGAGCCAGCUUCACACCAGCAUGGUGCCUCCUACCUCACCCAGCGCCUCUUCGUCUGCACAAGCCACCUCUGUCCCCCCAGCCCAGGCUCCAGAGCAUCAGCAGGCCAAUGGCCACGUGUCUCAGGACUACGAAGAGUCUGUCUACCUGGAGAGCACAGCCAGAGCACCUGCUGAGGACGAGACCCAGUCCAUCGAUUCAGAGGACAGCUUUGUCCCAGGCCGGAGGGCCUCUCUGUCUGACCUGACUGACCUGGAGGACAUCGAAGGCCUGACGGUGCGGCAGCUGAAGGAAAUCCUGGCUCGCAACUUUGUCAACUACAAGGGCUGCUGUGAGAAGUGGGAGCUGAUGGAGAGGGUGACGCGGCUGUAUAAGGACCAGAAAGGACUCCAGCACCUGGUGUGUGGUGCUGAAGACCAAAACGGAGGAGCAGUGCCGUCAGGCCUGGAGGACAACCUGUGUAAGAUCUGCAUGGACUCACCCAUCGACUGUGUCCUGCUGGAGUGUGGCCACAUGGUGACCUGUACCAAGUGUGGCAAACGCAUGAACGAGUGUCCCAUCUGCCGGCAGUAUGUGAUCCGAGCUGUGCAUGUCUUCCGGUCCUGAGGGUUCGCACCUGCUGCUUCAGUGCCUUAUAGGGGGACAAAGCCUGGGAUGUCUGGGCUCAGGGUUGGCCACCUUGCAGAGAGGGGCAAGUUAACAGAAGAAAUUGUACAGUGUUCCCAAGAUCAGGGCAAGCGAAGAUACCAUGUUACCCCUGGGCAGGCCUAUCUUGCCAUGGGGGUGCACCUUGUGACUGGCCAAGCCCCUGAGGCUAGUAGGAACUGCUACAAAUCAUGUGGGUGAGUCCUUGUUUCAAUAAUCUUGGGGUGAUGAUGGUAAUUGGUGAACAGAAGACUUUCCAGAACUUGGACCAUGUUUUUCCUCUCUUCCUCUGAGAACCUAGACGGUUUCACCCUUUCUCCUAUAUCCCACCCAUCCCCUGGAGAUGCUUGUGUAUUUCAUCAGUUGAAAGUCCUGUUAGAAAUGGAUCUCUUCCUCCCCAGCACAUUUGGAUUUAAAUUUCUGGUCUCUCUGGCUUUCUGUGUUAACCCACCAUUACUAAAGUCUCUUGCUACACUGUCUAAAAUCUGUUUCUUUGGACCAAAAAUGUUAGUUUACCAGACCGAUAGUGGUCCUUAGGAUAGAAUUUGACCAGUAAAUUUAACUCUCGUGGGAAAUGAAACACAAAUGCUAUCAGAAAACUUCAAAGUUGUUAAGUGCUGGGAUUGGAAGCUCUUAGUCUUUGACCUGAUCCUGGGCACCAAUAAGUAUCUUGCUUCCAAACUGCUGAGAAGUCCCCAAUCUGUAUGCAAGCAAUGUGUGAGUAAUCUCUGCUGCUUCCUGUCUUCGGGCCGGACUUUGUACCAUCUUUUUGUUGAUGAGGCAAGGGGAAGUGUUGAGUGAAGGCAGUGCAGUGGCCUUUCUACUUAGCUUUGGCUUGGCUUCUGACCCUCUUUUUGCAAUAGGCAGGAGUCUUAAACCACUUUCCCUGAAACUGAGGUCCAUCUCCUACCCAUGGAGGUUUUGAAUUUGGUCUCACCCAAGGCAAAGAGACUUGCUCCUCUCCAGCCAGAUAAAUUUCCUGGAGAACAAACAAUGCCUGUAAGAAUACCUAAGAGGUAUCAGAAGAUAUUGAGUAAGUCUGGAUUCUGCCUGUGAACAGAUGUUGCAAGUUUUAAUUCCCCAGGUUGGUGGGGAGUUCCUACUUCAUUUCCUUCUUAGCCUACUGAUUGUGGGGGGAUUUUUCUCAGCAGUUUGGAAGCAAGAUGCUUAUUGGUGCCCAGGAUCAGGGAAAAACAUUCUCUAGGCCCUUUAGGAAGAACAUUGUAAUGAGGAGAUGAUGUUGUCAAGCUCUCUUAGGGUCUUUAAACCACUGGAUGAACUGAAGGGCUUAACAUUUAUUUGCUGGAGAAGUUUAGCCAAGCACAAAACACACAUGCUAUCAGAAAAGCUGGGUGAAUCACACAACUAAUACAUACCUGAGGGCCUUGCCCAGCACCCACCCUGCAGUGGAGCUCUGAGACUAGAACCAGUUGUGACUGUUGAUGCAGUGAGAAACCACUAAAGGGACCUCUUCAGUAGCACAGACAUACUUAUGCUUCUGCUCCAUCAUCAACCACUAAACACCUUCAGAGGAAUAAAAUAAUUUCAUAAAGUAGUUGUCAGCUGAACACUGGGCCACUUACCGAUGUGAUACAAGGCCUCGAUACUUUGAUUCUGGGCCGAAGCCUUUGUAGGAGUUGGGGAAUCAGAUUUUCCCUUUAUAAAGAUAGCACCUUUCACCUUUCUGGCAGACAGUGAAUGCUCUAGUUUACAGUGCCUACCAGUUUAGUAAAAGAUCAUUCAGCUACUCUUCAGUUCCACUGUGAAACAGGUCUAUGUAUAUGCUACUCAGUUAAGAUCUAGCAAUAACUUCAGGGCAGAAGCUGGCUCUCUCCCUACUUAAAACUUGCUUUCUCUGCUGAAGUCCUACCUGCUCCUCCCCCUCCCAGUUUUCCUCCUAGACACAACUUGAAAAUAAAAUACUAAUGAUUGGUUAGUAACUUCAUUAAGAAUCAGAACUGAUGUCAUUUAUUCAUUUUAGAGGAAGAACUUGCCUUUUAAUCUUUUGUUUUCCUAUGGUGAAGGUUUCCAU